AUGCCCAACUCACCACCCCCCGGCGCAGUUCUCGCGUCAACAGUCACUGCUCCUGCAGCACUGGGUUUCGUCCCUGUUGCGAUUUAUUUUAAUCUUUUCAGCACUCUCGUUGAGAUAGGCAAGCUCGCGUCGUCGCAGGAGAUCACUGAUGCGUGUAAUCACAGGCGGAGCGCCCAGGACAAGGAAUGUGCUCCACUAUGCUCCCAGCUGACACAUGACACCCUUUUUGCCAUGGCUGGAAUUGGCCUGGUUGAGCUGGUCGAAGAUGAUAUCUACGCAGCAAAUAGCAUCACACAGCACAUGGUUCACAUGCCAUCAGCCCAGCAUGGAGCUCUGCAUUUCACAACCGAGCCUCUCUUUGCUGCCGCCUUUUUGAUGCGGAAGUUAGUGGACAGCAACUUUGAAUACCCAUUCAAAGAGCUGGGAACCCCAACGCAGUAUGGAUACCAGCUACUGGGUGAGACUGAGCUAGCUAAAGAGCAUACAUACUCUAUCAUGGCUCGUCAGGGCCGCAUGGACAGCUUCAACCAAUUCAUGGAGGGCAAAUUUGGUAAGUUCGGUAAGAUGCCAGGGCGCGUCAAAUCCUUUGGCUAUGAUCUCGACACCGCAGUGUCGGGAAGAGAGAGUCCCGUUGCCAUGGUUGAUAUUGGUGGUGGUCGAGGAGAAAUGCUGUUAGAACUUAAGGAAGCCUAUCCUAAUCUCCCAGCAUCUGCAUUGGUGUUACAGGAGUUCAACCCAGAUAUUGGAAGUGUGCCUGGGGUGACACAAAUGGAGUGGAACUUCAAGACAGACACCCCGCAGCCUGUACAGGGUGCUUUGAAUUAUUCACUAACCCAUAUAUUCCAUAAUUUGCCCGAUCUAGACGCUCUAGAGCUUAUGCAGAAAGUCUCGCGGGCGAUGGCGCCGUAUUCGAGGCUACUCAUUCAUGAGUUCACCAAGAACAAGAAUUAUGGCAAGAUGCAUGCGACGAUGAUUACGUUGUACGGUGGGAGAUUGCGAGCCAGCGCGGAAUGGAAGCGACUGGCUGCACUGAGUGGUCUUAAAGUGACUUUCGAAUCGUAUCCUGAGGUCGGAGAGGGGUUGAUUGAGAUGAGGAAAUUAUAG